GUUUCACAAGGAGUGACCGGCAAGUAUUGCUGCAAGAUGGUCACAGUCGAGUGCUUCCACCAAGAUAUUGUUCAAAACAAACAUCUACUGUGGAUGUGCAAGUUGAUAUUGUCAUACAUCAUUGCUGCUGCAGCGGACUCCGAAGAGAAGCUGAGUGGAUAUGUUGGGGGAAAAGUUGUUUUCCGCUGUCCACUUAAGCCAGACGUGAAAUACAAAUUCUUGUAUUUACAGCGAGACAGUGUCUUUGUGAAUGGAUACUAUGAAUCUAAAAACAUGUCAACCCAUAAUCCAUGGCCAAACACCAAACUGGAGAAAGAGAAAAGUCUCAUCUACAUGUCUGAACUGAACGUUUCUCAUGCGGGACAGUACACCUGUUAUUUUGAGACCAGUGAAGGCUUAAAUAACGUGACUCACAUAGAGCUGACCAUCACAGCAAACUACAGCAAACCCUCAAUACAACUCCACAACUGUACAAAGGAGCAGUGCCUGGUGCAGUGCUCUUCACACGGCGGCUACCCCAACAAGACAAUUGAAUGGGGAAAAUCCAUUGUUUCCAUCUUGGGAAAUGAUCACUUUGAAGACAACAAAACACAGUUAUUCAACCUCUCCAGUAUGGCAUCCUUUAACUGUUCCACUGGGAAGCAGCAGAACAUCAGCUGCUCCGUGGAUGGGGUCUCCUCAGUUCUCUCUGUCUGUAAACAAGAAAACAUUCCUGUAACAGUAGCUUGUAUAGUUGUUCCCAUACUUGCAGUUCUCUUACUUGCAUUUGGUAUCUUUGCUUAUAAAAAGUUCAGGAGCAGAGCCCGCCCUUAUACGGAGACUAAUCAAAAUGAAGAUGAAAGUGGCUUAUGACAGGUGUCUGUGUAUUACGGAUGAACAUUAAUAUUCCCUCAAAGUGGUGCGAAGAGGAAGCUUACUCAGCUCCUUGACUUUAUUUGUUCUGAUUGAAGAAGUAAAAUGUAAGUUACAAUGUGAAUGUAAGACAAUACUUAAAAUUGUAAUCCUGUGAGGCAUGUCACUGAACACACACUGCAGGUCAAUGUAAAGCAGAAUAGCCUCAAGAUAUUUUCAAAACUGAUGAUUUAAUGGAUUAUCUUACUUUUUUAAGAUAUUGAAAUUAAUACUUGAAUACACUGCAUAUUUGGCCCUUUGUGUUGUACAUAUAUGUCCAUAUCCUGCCUGCUGUUACUGCAUUUAUCAUUUUAAGUAAGCAAACUGUUUACUAGUAUGGUGCAUGGUUUUAUUAUAAAUUUUAGUUUUUUAUGCUUUUUUCAUAACUUAACUCUAU